AAUUCACCCGAUGCUACUGGCAGCAGCGUUGUAUGCCGUGGGAGGAUUUCCUUACAUCGUGUGGGGCAUGGCUGUGAGGACGGUGUGGGUGUAUCACAUCACAUGGUUUGUGAACUCUGCAUCGCAUGUGUGGGGAUCGCAGAAGUGGAACACGGGAGACUUGUCUCGGAACAACUGGUGGGUGGCAUUGCUGGCAUUUGGGGAAGGGUGGCACAACAACCACCACGCAUUCGAAUACUCAGCUCGGCAUGGCCUGGAAUGGUGGCAGUUGGACCCGACAUGGUGGGUGAUCCGGGGGUUAGAAGCCGUGGGUCUGGCCACGAAAGUGAAGCUACCGAGGAAGGAUCACAUGGAGAAGCUGGCAUUCUAGCCGACAUCAUAAAUUGCGUGCUAGAGAGGGACGAAAGGGACGUGAGUGGGUUCAGUCGGGUUAGAGCCAGGGGAUGGCGCGAGGCGGUAUAGCAGGAGUGGGAUUGGGCGUGGGCGUGUGGGUAAGGUUUUGGACGACGAGUCAAGAGAGCAGGGAAUUCUUUCACAGCUUGAUGCGGUGCAGUCGGGUUAGGAUGGACUGGUAGAGCGGAAGUAGUAGCCGCCAGAGUUGAGAAGUGUAAAACAGAUGAAUGUGUAUAUCAGGUCAGUUUACCAUGUAUUUUUCUCCUUGGUGCACAGAAAGUGCGCGAUAAUGUGAUGGACUUAUUCGAUAAUAU